AUGGCCGAAGAAAUGGAAACAUUUGCUGCCCGCCUUGCCAGCUUUGAUCUGGUAUUGCACCCGGAGAAACGAAGAACUUCGGGCGCAAAGGCCGUUAAACCCAUUGCUUGGCCUCAUCGCAGGCCUUCACCCGCUGAGUUAGCGCAUGCAGGCUUCUACUACAACCCCUACGAAACGAACCCCGAUAAUACAACAUGUUUCCAGUGUAACAGAGCACUCGACGGAUGGGAGGAAGAAGACAAUCCGAUAACAGAACAUUUAAAACAUGCCAAUGAUUGUGGCUGGGCCAUCAUGAUGGAUAUCCAGCAACAUAGCUCAAACCCCGCUGAGAUAGAAGACCCCACAAGCGACAAGAUAAGAGAGGCGAGACUGGCUACUUUCGGUACUUCAUGGCCGCAUGAUGGGAAACGCGGCUGGGUUUGCCAGUCAGAAAAGAUGGUCGACGGAGGGUGGUAUUUCUGUCCCACUGAAGAGAGUAAUGACCUAGCGAGCUGUGCAUACUGCAAACUAUCUCUUGAUGGAUGGGAACCCAAGGAUGACCCUUUUGAUGAACACUACCGCCGUUCCGCGGACUGCUCCUUUUUUGUUUUUGCUCAACCCUCCGGGAAGAAAGGCAGAGGUUCACGGUCGAAAAAAGCACGUACCUCCAAGGCGUCUCGUCUUUCAACCCAAUCUACUGUUUCUGAAUCUGUCUCGGAACUUGAAGAUCCAAUGGACCAGAGCACUGUCUCCCAGCCGGCUAUCAAGUCAAAAGGAACAAAAAAGUCAUCGAAGUCAUCGAAGUCAAAAGCGAAGAACCCGAAAUCCAAGAAAGAUGAAGUCACAGAGACUGAUAGCCAAAUGGAUAUUGAUACUGCCGACUAUAGCCAGCCUGAGCCCCCCAAAGUGAAACGGACCACACGCGGAAAGAAGAGAGCAAGUGACCAAGUAGAAAGAGAGCAUGCCAAUGUUAUUGAUACGGAAACCUUCGACGAGGCCGAGCCGCCUUCUAAGAAGCGAGCUACAAAGUCGCGAAACGGCACUCAGGAGUAUAGCAAUCAAACCGAUGAAGUCAUCGCAGGCACGCAGCCAGAUGAAAGUGUUCCUGAGGAAGUGUUCAAGAAAAGCCGUGGCUCGACGAAGAAGACAUCUUCGAAGAACCAAAAAGCCCCCAGUGGUUCAACUACGUCUAAAACCGCUUCAAAAUCUCGUGUGCCUAGUGAUAAUGAGCUCGAUGAAGCCCCUGUGGCCGAUCUUGAAGAGCCCGAACCUAGAGAGCCAAGUGUGGAACCUCCACAAAAACCUCCAAAGAAGCCCAAGUCCAAGAAGAAGCAGAAGGCCACUGCAGUGCCAUCAGAGGAUAUAGUCGACCAUGUCGACGAGAAUGAGACGCGGACAAACCAAGCUUUGCCCAAAGAAUCUGUUUCUGAAGCAGCAGCUGAAGAGAGUAAGCUGAGCCAUGUUAAAGCAACUCGCAGGUCGAGGGGCUCUGUUAUCCCAGAGCCAGAGCCAGAGCCUAGCACAGAGAAGUCACCGGAGAUACGCAAGCGGUCAGGAGCCCACGAGAAAUCAAAAGAUGAAGCAGAGCCCAGGCGUCACGAGUCGUUCGUUUCGGUGGAGAUCCCAGCUAGGAUACCAACUUCUGAAAAGGAAACUGAAGCGGAAUCCAUUGACAAGAGUGAGCCUAAUGACAACGGGCCCAAGAAGAAGACUAAGCAAAGAACUUCCACGGAGAAGACUAAGAAAUCAAAGCAAACGAGUGAAAAGGAAGCGCCCGAGCCUGAAAACCCCCCUGCCGAGCAUAGCGUGGAUGCGAACAAUCACAAGGACCUUUCGGCCGAACAUGAUGUACCUGAGCAGGAGAAAGCGGAGAAGCCGCAAGAACAAGAAGCGAAGGAGCCGCAAGGACAAGAAGCUGAGCGGCGCUCUUCACGACGUAGAUCAUCCAAAGUACCACCUAAGACGGCAGAGAGAUAUAGCGAUAUCCCUGAGGAGAAGCAAUUUGCUAGGACACUUGCAGGAUCAUGGGGUUCAAGUGACUAUAAGAUAUCAGAUUCUGCCAACCAAGAGAAGGUAUCACCUCUCCCUUCCAAGAGCACGCCAUCUCUAUCGCCACAAUCUUCCGAUGCUGAGAACCAGCCUCCCUCUUUGAAGCCUUCUGCACCGCAACCUCAUAUUGCAUCACCAUCCAAGCAGCGGCCAGCCCGAAUCCCGCUAGCGGCCAGCACCCCUUCGCCGUCGAAGCGAAAUGCCAAUACAGGAGGUCUUCACACAACCCACCCGUGGAAUUCUAUCGAUAUUGAUGAGAUCCUUCUUACUGGAGCCAGUGACAAAGAGAACACCGACUUAAGUUCGGCGUUACACAACGUGAAAAGGGACUUGACAAGUUCAGAGAAAAGGAUGACUGUCGAGGAAUGGAUCAAGUGGCAGGCCAAGAAUGGGGAGGAGAAGUUAAGGCAAGAAUGCGAGAGACUAGUCGGAAAAUUCGAAAGGGAGGGCGCCCGUGCUAUGCGGGUCUUGGAAGGAAUUGAAUGCAUUGACUGA